AUGCCCCUACCUGAGAGUGUGCCCGGGCCUCCUGCACUACUGCCAAGUUCAGCUGUGGGCACCCCCUGCCUCACUUCGAGUCCCAGCCCCAGGGACAUGCCCAGGCCAGUAGAGGGGGGCAUGGCCACCCUGCUCUCUAGCCUGCUUGCUCCCAGUCUGCCAGCCUCCCAGCGCCCUGUCUCUAAGUUGGUCUAUCUGCUGAUCCAGCUGGAGCGAGAUUGGGCACUCAUGUGGCUCAGGAUGAAGGCAAGGGUGCCUGUGCAGCUGGCAGGACCCUGGCUGGGCCGCUGCGGCACCAGGACCCUGGGCAGCAGGGCUGCUUCAGUGGCCCCCUCUGUGCUGCCCUUUGAAGCCCUUCCCCAGCACACCUUUGCACCCUGGGCACGGGUACUCUCCAUGCAGGGCCAGAGCUGGGAGAGCCUGCACUUGGAGAUGCAUCAAGCCUUCCAGGAGCUCGGGCCUAUUUUCAGGUGUGUAUUGGGUGGAAAGCCCACGGUUCUGGUCCAGCAGCUGGAGGCUGUAGAGCGGCUGCAGCAGGCAGACAGCCGGUUCCCCUACCGAGAGUUCCCGCAGCCCUGGCUCAGCUACCGAGAACAGCGUGGCCACAAGCGUGGCGUGUUCCUGCUGAACGGGCCUGAGUGGCGCGCACAGAGGAUGAUCCUGAACCCCACAGUGUUGGCGCUCCAGGCCGUGCACAACUUCCUGCCCAUGCUGGACAGUGUGGCCCGUGACUUCUCCCAGUUCCUCCAGGCCAAGGUGCUGCAGAAUGCCCGCCGAAGCGUCACCCUCGACCUGCACCCCAGUGUCCUGCGCUUCACCACGGAAGCCAGCAACCUGGCCCUGUACGGCGAGCGGCUGGGCCUCCUGAGCCAGGCCCCCAGCCAGGCCAGCCACAGCUUCCUGCAUGCCCUGGAGGUGAUUUUCAAGUCCACCGUGGAACUCAUGUACCAGCCCGUGAGCCUGUCCCGCUGGACCAGCAGCACCAAGUGGAGGGAGCAUUUCGAGGCCUGGGACUCCAUUUUCCAGUAUGCCAACUGCUCCAUGCAGAGGAUCUACCAGGAGCUGGCCCUGGGCCGCCCACAGCACUACAGCGGCAUCGUGGCAGAGCUGCUGACCAAUGCGGACAUGAGCCUGGAAGUCAUCAAGGCCAACUCCAUCGACCUGACAGCUGGGGGCGUGGACACGACAGCCUACCCGUUGUUGCUGACCCUCUUUGAGCUGGCUCGGAACCCCGACGUGCAGCAGGCCGUGCGCCAGGAGAGCCUGGAUGCUGCUGCCUCCAUCUCGGCGGACCCCCAGAAGGUGCUCACUGAGGUACCCCUGCUGGGGGCAGCCCUGAAAGAGACCCUGAGGCUGUAUCCGGUGGGGCCCUUCCUGGACCGCCUGCUGGCCUCCGACUUAGUGCUGCACAACUACCAGAUCCCCGCGGGGACCAUGGUCAAGGUGUCACUGUAUUCCCUGGGCCGAAACCCGGACAUCUUCGCCAGCCCUGAGCGCUACGACCCAUGGCGCUGGCUGGACAGCAAGGCCAGCAAGCUGCCCCGACUGAACUUCGGCUUCGGGAUGCGCCAGUGCCUGGGAAGACGCCUGGCGGAGACGGAGAUGCUGCUCCUCAUGCACCAUGUGCUGAAGAGCUUCGUGGUGGAGACCCUGAAGCAGGAGGACUUACAGACCAUCUACCGCUUCAUGCUGAUGCCGUCCACGUCCCCGAUGCUCACCAUCAGAGCUGUCAGCCAGCCGCCAGCCUUUAGAACCCACACACCGCCCGUUCCUGCAGUCUGA